AUGUCUGACGAUUUUGACGAGAUUCCAGAGCUUGUACCAGCAGCUACUCCAACUGAACAAUCCACUUCCACAGGUGAAGAGGAGCCCCACAAAAAAAUCCCUGUUACUAUUGUUACAGGCUUCUUGGGCAGUGGAAAAACCACACUGCUUAACUACAUCUUGACAGAGAAACACGACAAGAAGAUUGCAGUGAUUUUGAACGAGUUUGGAGAGAGCAGUGAUAUUGAAAAGAGUCUGUCCGUAAACCAAGACGGCAAUCUGUACGAAGAGUGGUUGGAGCUUCGUAAUGGCUGCUUAUGUUGUUCCACAAAGGAUGUUGGUGUCAAGGCAAUUGAAAAUCUGAUGGAAAAAAAGGGAAAGUUUGACUACAUUUUGCUGGAAACCAGUGGUUUAGCUGAUCCUGGACCCAUUGCAUCCAUGUUUUGGCUAGAUGAUGGUCUAGGAAGUGAAAUUUACUUGGACGGUAUUGUUACCUUGGUAGACGCAAAGAAUAUUAGAGACUAUAUGAAUGAAAAGAAGGAGGAUGUCAUGAUUAAUGAGGCUCUCAAGCAAGUGGCCAUUGCUGAUCGAAUUGUCAUCAACAAGAAGGAUUUACUAAAGGAAGGGGAACUGGAGUCUUUGAAAGAAGAUUUGUUAGACAUCAACACCGUAGCUGAUAUGAUUGUGACCGAGAGAUCCCAAAUUCCUUUGGACUAUGUCCUCGACAUCAACGCAUACGAUGUCAACAAUGCGGAUGCUCUUGUUCACCAAACAGAAAAGAUCCAAGAACACGGCAGCCAUCAUGCUCAUCAAAUCAGCCAUGACAUUCAAACAGUGUGUAUUCAAUUUGGCCAACAACUCGAUACCAUUGAACACCUGGAAAAUUGGAUCCAAGAGUUAUUAUGGGAAAAGAAGAUCUCAGGCACUACUGAAGAUCAAGAUCAAGAUCCAGUUACUGUUCUCAGACUAAAAGGCAUCUUAUACCCUCCCAAGGAUAAGCUAGUAGACGGAACGAGUCAGAGAAAGAGAAUGGUGAUUCAAGGCGUUCAGGAUUUAUAUGACAUUCAAGAGGGAUUUGCAGGCGACGAUAUCAACCAAGACGAUACAACCAGCAAAAUUGUGUUGAUUGGAAAGAAUUUAAACAAGGAUAAAAUUUCAGCAUCUUUCGAAAAUACACUAGGUAUUAAGCAUGUAAUCAUUUAA